CUAGUAGGUACAUUUGAUUAUAACUCACCUGUCUGGUUAGUCAAGGACUCAACAACUCAACAAAUUCAUGUUUUUGUAUGAAUCUUUUCUGUUCUUAGAUGGCGAACAAAGCAGAAUCUGGACUUCAGCUUCCUCAUGCUUUAUGCUCAGGACAAAGGAACAUACUAUGUUCAGUUGGAGGAUGAUGUCGUUGCAAAGGCAGGCUACUUCAAUGACAUGAAGACCUUUGCCACCCAGGAGUAUUCAAAGCAAUGGCUCUACCUGGAGUUCUCCCAGCUUGGAUUCAUAGGCAAGAUGUUUCGAGCCCGUGACCUCCCGAUGAUUGCAGAGUUUUUCUUGAUGUUCCACAGAGACAAACCCAUCGACUGGCUGUUGGAUCACAUUCUGUGGGUGAAAGUUUGUAACCCAGAGAAAGACGCGAAAAACUGUAAUGAACAGAAGGCUUUGCAGAAGCGGAGGUACAAGCCUUCCCUCUUUCAGCAUGUAGGCCUCCACUCCUCUCUACCUGGGAAAUUACAGCAUCUGAAGGAUAAGGACUUUGGGAAGCAAAGUUUGUUCCAGGCUCACAAUAACCCAGCUGCAGAACUGAGUAGCAGCCUGAAACAUUACCAGCAACACAGUCUGGACAAGGCUUACAAAGGAGAGGACUUCUUCUGGGCAAUAACACCAGUUCAGGAUGACUACAUCCUCUUCAACUUCAACCAGCCAAUCCACAUUUCCAGGUACGUGUUUCGCAGCGGAAAUAUAGAGACUAGUGGAGAUAAAUUCCACAACACCACAGUGGAAGUGCUGCCCAGCAACGCAUCAUCACAAGACAGACUAGGGACUGGUUUGUCUUCUUCCUACAAAGAAUCUGACAAGGGCUUCAUCAUUAUUGGUGCAUUUAAGGACGGGGUAGCUGAGGGUGAGAUUGAAGAAGAGAUGCAGCCAAUCUCAGCACUACGCCUGGUGGUUCACUCUGACGCUGACGUCUGGGCUCUACUGAGUGAGAUACUCAUUACAGUUUGAAUACCACAGAAAAGAGGAAACCACACGCGCUGCCAUCAGGUCCAGUGUUUCUCCUGAACAGUCUGCUCCCUCUGCUGGAGGAGCACUAUCACUACAGGGACUUUAUUUCCAAGGAUUACAUGAAGUGCCGACACCGCCUGUGACUGUGGUCUGUGAGGAAGGUUCAGUGUUUGUUCUGAGGUCAGACUGCAAUAUGAAACAUGUGGAGUUGUGGAACUUCCCUUGUGAAUUGACCAAAAUUGUCUACAUAACUGGCUCAGAGUAGCUGUUUAGAGAUUAAUUAAAGAGCUCAUUGUUAAAACAGCAAAACUACUGUAUGAUUAAUUAAUCACAUUUUAUUUUGGUGUAAUAAAUAAAGAAAAAAAUGAUGCCACCUCAUCUUUAGAGUAUUUAAUUUCAGCUCCUUUCUUUUUUUCUGCCCACAUUUAUAUGUACUACAAUACUGCAAAAUGGGUUUCCCAAAGAAAUAUAAUUUAGUGUAACAACCAAACAGCCUUUGUAAAACCUCACAGGUUUUCUGUCAUUACGGCUAAUUAGACCUCUGUUCAGGCUGAAGGUGUGCCUGAGCUUUGAUGGGAAUCUAUUAGGUCACAAAUUGUCAUCUACCAAUAACAAUGAAAGAAAGGUGUGGUUUGUCCCGCCCUGAAAGGUUUACAAGGCUAACAAGAGACUCAUGAAGAUGUCACUCAAUUAAUCUAUACACGCCCACACAGUCCUGAGAAGAGGUCUAAUUAACUGAAGACGCCUGCGUACAGAGGCUUUACGGUAAACUCAUUCAUUUGAGACCUGGCACCAACAUGUGUCUGAUACAGCUUAUUUGAAUUGACUAUUAAAGGAUUAGGCUGACAGUAUUUUACUUAUUGUCAUCAAAUCCUAAAGCAACAAUGAAUUCAACUAACAAGUAUUGCAUAUGAAUCCAAAGCCUGAUGUAUAUCCUUCCUAGGUCUCAGAACCAAAGAGCUGAGAGCCACAGACGGGGGGAAGAUGUCAGAAAGUACCAACACAUUGUUGGGUGUUGUCUUUUUGUGGAAUUUGUUGUGGAAAAACAUAGAACACAGCUGGCCGUACCCUUAAAAUGGUGCUAUUUUAAAAUUGUACCCUUUAGAGUGGAAAAGCCUCGUUAACAUAUCUUACAAGCCUUGUGUCCAAUACACAUUACAUCAGUGUGAUGGUGUCAAAUACCGAUGUGGUGUCACAUGCCCACUGGGAUUAGUUUAUGUAAUUCUAUAUUUCAUAACUUCAAAACUUGAAGUACACAAAUGUCAGAUUCGUAACAUUGUUUGUCUUUGUUCAGACUGUUCCUAAUGUGAAUGGAACUUUUGCUCAUUUUAGAGUAUUAUUUAGGCAAAACUCUUAAGAAAUUUUACCUUUGAGAACUUUGGUUUGUUUUGUUCAUGAAAAAGGGCGUUGUAGAAAACAUGUUUAUAUUUCUCAAAGUAAGGUAUGGAGAAGGUAUUGUUUUGAUAUCUUUGCCAAAGGCCGGGUAUCAUGUUGUAGUUCAAAAAAUGUCAAACAAUGCCGGACUCUACUGUGAGGACACAAAGUCAGAAAGAUUCAAACUCUUUAAAUUGGGGCUUUAACCUCCAGGACCUUCGGCUAGUCUCUACUUUGCUACCAGACACCGGGAUACGAUCGGAAACAUGGCUAAAUGCCUUCUUAUGCUACACAGGUAACACAGAUCCAAACACUAUUGACUUAGAACCGUGUCAGUAUGGCCUAGACUAGAGCCUUAAGUAACACCCAGUUUCCCAACAUCUUAACAGGAUCUCUCUCUGGUAAUGAACAUGUUGAUAUUUAUGUUCCCGGUAAACCAGAGCAUACACAUUAAUUCAAUAUAGAGGGACCAAUGUCUAAUGUGGAAUAUUUCAUUACAUUACAGUCAUUUAGCAGACGCUUUUAUCCAAUUUCUUAUCCAAUAUCACAUUUCUACA